GUGGAACAAAUCAUUUAGGCGCAGCCUUGUUGCUUCAGUUUACCUGAAAGCGAAGUCAGCAAUAAAAGGAUGACGAUUUAAAGGAACCACGACACCUGUCCAAAGGGGGGAUCGAGUCACAGCGCAUUAUGAGUGAGGGUGUUGUAAAUCGUGUUACAGCCACGGCGGGUCCAUGAUCUCGCCGAAGAUGGUAGCGGCGCACACCUCUUCCCACACUUCUGCAUCUGCAGAAUGGAUUGUUUGCCUUGAUAAGAGGCCAUCUGCACGCUCUGGUGAAGAUGUUGAUAUCAUAUUUGCCCGCCUAAAGGAUGUGAAGGCUUUUGAAAAGUUUCAUCCCAAUUUACUGCAGCAAAUAUGUCUCUGUGGAUUUUACGAAAACUUGGAGAAAGGAAUCACAUUAUAUCGUCAGGGGGACAUUGGAACCAGUUGGUAUGCUGUACUGUCAGGGUCCCUUGAUGUUAAAGUGUCUGAAACUGCUAACCACCAGGAUGCUGUUACUAUUUGUACGUUGGGGAUCGGAACAGCGUUUGGCGAAUCAAUCCUUGAUAACACGCCCCGUCACGCCACCAUCGUUACUAGAGAGUACAGUGAGCUUCUGCGCAUUGAACAGAAGGAGUUCAAAACACUGUGGGAGAAAUAUCGACAGUAUAUGACUGGACUUUUGGCACCUCCUUAUGGUGUUAUGGAAACUGGCCCCAGCAAUGACAGAAUGCCUGACAAGGAGAAUAUGAGUAACAACUCCUUAUGCUCAGUCUCUAAACAUUCAAACAAGACACCUCUCAUUGAAAGCAAAGCCACACCACAUCCUUCCAAAACCAUUACACAGGUCCCUUCUGAGAAGAUCCUGAGAGCUGGGAAGAUUUUACGGAAUGCAAUUCUAUCUCGAGCACCUCACAUGAUAAGAGAUAGGAAAUACCAUUUGAAGACAUACAAACAAUGCUGUGUUGGGACAGAGCUGGUUGACUGGAUGAUGCAGCAGAGCCCUUGUGUUCAUUCACGAACGCAGGCAGUCGGCAUGUGGCAAGUGCUGCUGGAGGAAGGGGUUCUCAACCAUGUGGACCAGGAGCACAAUUUCCAGGACAAGUACUUGUUUUACCGCUUCCUGGAUGACGAGCAGGAAGAUGCCCCUCUUCCCAGUGAAGAUGAGAAGAAGGAGAGUGAUGAGGAGAUCCAGGACACCCUGCUGGUGCUCUCGCAGAUUGGACCUGAUGCACACAUGAGAAUGAUCCUCAGGAAGCCACCAGGCCAGAGGACAGUAGAUGAUUUAGAAAUAAUAUACGAAGAACUCCUGCACAUUAAAGCCUUAUCUCAUCUUUCUACAACAGUAAAGAGAGAAUUAACAGGCGUGUUGAUCUUUGAAUCCCAUGCUAAAGCCGGGACAGUGUUGUUUAACCAGGGGGAAGAAGGAACAUCCUGGUAUAUCAUUUUAAAGGGAUCAGUAAAUGUUGUGAUUUAUGGCAAGGGAGUUGUGUGCACCCUACAUGAAGGGGAUGAUUUUGGUAAAUUAGCUCUGGUGAAUGAUGCUCCGAGAGCAGCUUCUAUUGUCUUGCGGGACGAUAACUGUCACUUUCUCAGGGUCGAUAAAGAAGACUUUAACAGGAUUCUAAGGGACGUUGAGGCCAACACAGUCCGGCUGAAAGAGCAUGAGCAGGACGUCUUGGUUCUGGAGAAGAUCCCGAGUGUUAGCCAAGGCUGUAACCAUGGAGGCAGUGCGACUCAGUACAAAUACACUGUGAUGUCAGGAACUCCAGAGAAAAUUUUAGAGCACUUUCUGGAAAAUAUGCGGCUUGAUUCCAUUUUACCAGAGUCAGACUCUGCACUGGAUGAUUUUGUUCUGAUGCACUGUGUCUUCAUGCCAAACAGUCAGCUCUGCUCACUGCUUAUGGCUCAUUACCAUGCCCAACCAUCUCAAGGCACAGAACAGGAGAAAAUGGACUAUGCCCUCAAUAACAAGCGUAGAGUGAUCCGCCUGGUGCUGCAAUGGGUAACAGUGUGCGGGGAGCUUCUACAGGAGGAAGAAGCCUCCAUGGCAUUCUUGGAAAACUUCUACGUGUCUGUAUCAGAUGAUUCCAGAAUGAUUCCAGCUCUAAAGGAACAGCUUCCAGAACUUGAGAAGACUGUGAAACAGAAUUCAGAAGAAGCAAAAUCCUCACAAAAGAAGCACAAAGUUCUUCUGCGUCAGUUUAGCAUAGGUGAUGAAAGGCUUCAGAAACGACAACCAAUUAGGAGCAAUGAUGAAAUUCUCUUUAAAGUGUACUGUGUAGACCACACUUACACUACAAUCCGCGUGGCAGUAGCGGCUUCUGUGAAAGAAGUGAUCGCUGCGGUAGCGGAUAAGCUGGGCACAGGGGAGGACUUGAUCUUAGUCAAGCUGAGUUCUUCAGGAGAGAAGGUUGUGCUGAAGCCCAAUGAAAUUUCUGUGUUUACCACCCUCAGUCAGAAUGGACGACUGUUUUUCUGCCCAAGAGACCAGUUUGAUUCACUGAGUCCCCUACCAGAGCAGGAAGGUCCUUCAGCUGGAUCAAUGGGAACUUUUGAGCUGAUGAGUUCCAAAGACCUGGCUUACCAAAUAACUAUAUAUGACUGGGAGCACUUCAACUGUGUGCAUGAGCGUGAGCUGAUAUAUCACACGUUUGGAAGACCUAAUUUCAAGAAGACCACAGCUAAUCUGGACCUGUUCUUGAGACGGUUUAACGAGCUGCAGCUGUGGGUGGUGACGGAGAUUGCUCUGUGUUCCCAGCUUGGCAAGCGAGUUCAGCUGCUUAAGAAAUUUAUAAAGAUAGCCGCACAUUGCAGGGAGUAUAAAAAUCUGAAUGUUGUGCUGAAACAUCGGGUAUACAUGUUUACCAACUUGCUGAUACUCUCUUCCCAGGACCCAUCCAGAAACCACAGGGCAUACAGGCUUACUGUGGCCAAACUGGAGCCGCCAAUCAUCCCCUUCAUGCCCCUUCUUAUAAAAGACAUGACCUUCACCCAUGAAGGCAACAAGACUUUUAUUGACAAUCUUGUAAAUUUUGAAAAAAUGCGUAUGAUUGCAAACACAGUGAGGAUAGUGAGAUACUGCCUAGCUAGCCUUUCUAAUCAGUGUAGAACAUAUACUUAUUCCAAUCUGUGUCAGAGUUGUCAAGAUUUAAAUGCAUUAAGAAUUGGAGUCCUAUAA